GACCUCAGGCACAGACCAGUGGGGCCGGGACACGGGAGCCGGAGCGCGGGGCUCCUCAACCCGCGUUCGGGGAGACCCCGCCGCCGCCCCGCCCGGCUUCCCGCUAAGGCGCACGGCCCUCCCCGCCUCCCCUGCCUGCGCCCGCCAACAACCAGCUCGCGGCCCUGAUUGGCCGCCGCAUUCCCGCUUUCCUCCCCGAACCGCCAUUUUGAAAAUCUUGUUGAUUCUGGGGAGCAGAGAGCUCGGUGCGAGCGUCACGCGCGACAGCGGCCCGCGCGCCUUUCUCUCGGCAUCCGCCGCUGCUGUUCGGACCUUCCUCGUGCCCUCGCGCGCCAGGCCUGCGGCGCCCGGGACUCGCGGUCGUCAGCAUGUCCUCCUCGGCCCCCGCUGCAGAGGGAGAGGGAACCCCCGCCCAGCCCGCCUCCGAGAAAGAGCCCGAGGUGCCCUGCAGGGGAGAAGACAGUGAAGAGGACGAGGAGGAGGAGGAGGAAGAGGAAGAGGAAGAGGAAGAGGAAGAAAAAGAAAAGAGCCUCAUCGUGGAAGGCAAGAGGGAAAAGAAAAAAGUAGAGAGGUUGACAAUGCAAGUUUCUUCCUUACAAAGAGAACCAUUUACAAUUGCUCAAGGGAAGGGGCAGAAACUUUGUGAAAUUGAAAGGAUACAUUUCUUUCUGAGUAAGAAGAAAACAGACGAGCUUAGAAAUCUACACAAACUGCUUUACAACAGACCAGGCACUGUGUCCUCAUUAAAGAAGAAUGUGGGUCAGUUCAGUGGCUUUCCAUUUGAAAAAGGAAGUAUCCAAUACAAAAAGAAGGAAGAAAUGUUGAAAAAAUUUAGAAAUGCCAUGUUAAAGAGUAUCUGUGAGGUUCUUGAUUUGGAAAGGUCUGGUGUAAAUAGUGAACUGGUGAAGCGGAUCUUGAAUUUCUUGAUGCAUCCAAAACCCUCUGGCAAACCUUUGCCAAAAUCCAAAAAAACUUCCAGCAAAGGCAGCAAAAAGGAACGGAAUAGUUCUGGAAUGGCAAGGAAGGGUAAGCGAACCAAAUGUCCUGAAAUUCUGUCAGAUGAAUCUAGUAGUGAUGAAGAUGAAAAGAAAAACAAGGAAGAGUCAUCAGAUGAUGAAGAUAAAGAAAGUGAAGAGGAGCCACCGAAAAAAACAUCUAAAAGAGAAAAACCUAAGCAGAAAACCACUUCUAAAAGUAAAAAAUCUGUAAAAAAUGCUAAUGUUAAGAAGGCAGAUAGCAGCACCACCAAGAAGAAUCAAAACACUUCCAAAAAAGAAAGUGAAUCUGAGGAUAGUUCAGAUGAUGAACCUUUAAUUAAGAAAUUGAAGAAACCACCAACAGAUGAAGAGUUGAAGGAAACAAUAAAGAAAUUAUUGGCCAAUGCUAAUUUGGAGGAAGUCACAAUGAAGCAGAUUUGCAAAGAGGUUUAUGAAAAUUAUCCUGCUUAUGAUUUAACUGAAAGAAAGAAAUUCAUAAAAACAACUGUUAAAGAGCUAAUUUCUUGAGAUAGAGGUUAGAGACAGAUGACUUGACUUGUUCCCAUGGAUUUGAAGAUCUGAUUUAUACCAUUAUACCAGCAAAGAGAAUGCUACUUCCUUUUCUAAAUCCUUGUUAAGCAUUGUAUUGGUAGAAUUUACUGCUGAUCUUUGGAUCUUAAGUGUUACAUAAAUUUGAGUUUGCCAUUUUAAAUUGCAUUUCUAUGCAGUUUUAGUUUAUAAAAAUGUCUUGCAUGGCAGUAAUUGUUCUUUGCUUUUAUAGUUGUAUUUUGUACAUUUUGGAUUCCUUUAUAUAAGGUCAUAGAUUCUUGAACUGAGGUCGUUUUUUUAGUGUGCUUAGUAGUAGCCUGCUUAAGACAUACUUUUAAUCAAGUAGAACAAAAGCUAUUAUUACCAGCUUUUAUACAUGCAGAGACUAUUGCAGUAUUUAGUAUAUGAAAUAUUUUGAAUACACAUCUUCUGGCAGUCUGAAAACUCAGUGGCAGUGUGUUCAUCAUAUUAGACAUAUACAAGCUAUAGCUGUCCAGAUGGCUAAACUGAACUUUCCUCCUGCAUGUGUGUAUGUCAGAUUGUCAGCAUGACAAAAGUGACAUGUUAUUUUUGUAUUUUUAAAAACAAAUUUGUUGUAUAUAAAGUUUUUUUAUUUCUUUUGUGCAGAUCAAUUUUUAAAUUCAUAUAGGUAGGUAUCUUUCCAGUUAUAAACUGAAAUAUCAGUGUUCAGCCAGGUGGUAUGAUGGAAAAGUAAAAAUUCAGUGAAGGUAAUACUGAAGGAACAGAUAGUUCUACUUUGCCUUUCAAGUGUCAUCAAUUUGUAGUUUUAGUGUUAACUCUGCAAAAGUAUCUGUAGACACAUUUUACAUUAAGGACAGACCAACAUCAAAACAACUUCAAAAACUUGGGAAAGUUUUUAUUGUUUGGCUUAUAGUAAGUGAACUGAUUUUUAUUAACUGCUUUUGCCCCAUAUAAAAUGCUGGUAUUUACAGGAAGCUGGCCACCUUCACAAUUAUGAUAAAAGUACCAGGUGAAAUGUCAAAAGACGAUACUGUGCAGGCAGCAGCGGAUUUCUCUGACAAAGUGUUUCUCAAAAGUGAUAACACUUUAUUUUCACAUUAAAGAAAUAUGAUGUAUUUGUGGAAUCAGGGCUGUUGGGUUUUGAAUUUUGGCCACUUGGCCUAAAUGAGACUAAAAUUGUCUUUUAUAUUGACUCUCUUAAUCAGUUUAAGUAAUGUCUCAAUUUUAAAAUAAAACAUGCUUCUUACAAGAAAACCGGACCUUUGAUGUAUUGAGUUAAAAAAGAGCUCUGCAUCAUAGAACAGAAUUGUGUAAAAAUGCUAUAUAUUGAAUAUUAACAAGUUCUUUGGUAGGUUUGGCUUGUUUUCCUGAUAAAGUUACUAAGACAUUAGGGAAUGGGAUACUUCAUACAAAUGAAUGGAGUAAGCAACUAAAUGAGGCCUCAGAAUUGGCCUUCGAUUUUAAAUACUUAAUUUGUUCCUAUAAACUUGUCAAUAAAAAUAAUAAAUCAAUGUUCUAGUCUCUUG